GAGAAGGGGUUCAUUCUCUGAUAUCUGGUUAUAAACUCAUAAACUUUCUCCAAAUAUAAGCUAUUUUAUCAAUUUUGAGCUCUUAGAAAACGGUAUCAUGGUACCUAUUUAGUAUAAAAUACGUAUGUAUCGAUUGUCUCUUUCUCAGUCUUGUAGAAUUCUCUGUUCCUUUCCUGAGGUGGUACUGUCCGCUGCGCCCGGUAACUCACGCGUUCCUCAGCGACCGCAAGUCGCAGAGUUCGAAAAAGUGCGUCUGCGCAGAUUAGUGUCCGAGGAUAUAACGGGGGUAUCGAGGUAACCAGAGCAAGGGUGACAAGCUUUUAGGUGAAGAAGCCAUGCCACUUUUUGGAAACACAUUUAGUCCAAAGAAAACCCCACCCAGGAAAUCAGCCUCACUUUCCAACUUGCACUCGCUGGACAGAUCGACCAGGGAGAUUGAGCUAGGCCUGGAUUAUGGCACUCCUGUCAUGACUCUUACUGGACAGAGCCUGAAGUUUGAUAACGGCCAGUGGAUAACAGAAUCGUUAGGGGACACUCUGGACUCCAGGGAGGUAAAGCGCCUUCGUAAACGGAACCAGCAGCUGGAGGAAGAGAACAAUCUCCUACAGCUGAAAGUGGACCUUUUGUUGGAUAUGCUCUCUGAGGCAGCUGCAGAGUCUCACCUCAUGGAGAAAGAGCUGGAGGCACUGAAAAAUUAUAGCCAAAGAAGGAAGUGAAUGGGAAAGAGGGCACAAAGAGGUGGAGAGGAAAGAGCAAGAGGAUAUGGUCAAAAGCAUCCACUAUGCAGUGUAUGAAGCCACACCUACCUUGGAAGACUUUGCUCUUCUGCCCUCAAAUUUUAUUGUAUCCCUACAGGAUAUGUUAGCCGAGACCCCACAUGAGAAACACUAAUAAGGCUCUGCAGUGCUGUCAGGAAGCAGCUAUCCGACUUUUUUUUCUUCCUCAUGGAACUUCUGUCCAAGUGCUCUUUAACAUUCUGCAACACACAUUUAAUCUAUCCAGUAGCAGGCAGAGUGGUGUGUAGAUGAUACGCAUCUCUUCCCACUCAACCAAGAAGAUGGCAGCAGAAGUUCUUGGGGAAGGGAGAGGAAACGGAAAAGGGGGCAACUGCCUCCAGCAUACACCUCCUAUCUGUCUCUCACCCCGUUUAAAAACUGCUUUUCAAUCUUGUAUAUCUUUGGGACGUGGGUUUGUGUGGAGGAAUAAAGUCCUGAACUUGAGUUCUUGCAAGUGAGCUGACAGAGACAGUAUUAGGGAUAGACAGCACCCUAGGCCCUUACCUAUAUGUGAGUCUGCAUUGUCUGUUAGUGAAGGAAACCUUUGGUACCUGAGUUGAUGGUAAACAAUCUGGAAAUACACAUUACAGUCAGCUUACAGUCCUUCUGAAUAUCAGUGGCAUAUACUCUAAAGCUAACACAGCAGGAAUGGGGGACCUUUUCAACCUGGUGGGCCAGAUCCUUAGCCCACCCACUUGUCAGUCACCUGAGGUGACCCACUUUUCCUUUGCAGCACAGCUUGACUUCCCAGCCAAUGCAAGUGGUGCUUGAAGUCACUGUUGACUGGUGCUGAUUUCAAACACGGUUUUUGUCAAGGAUUGGCUCCACUCGGGAGCUCUGAGUGGCACCAAAUUUCGAAGGCCCCAAACAGAAACCCUAAAAUUGGGAGUGCAUUUUAUGACUCCUGAUUGUUCCUUGCUGCCACAUCUUUAUCUGUCCUACACUGAUGUCAUAUAUGUGGGGCAGGUGGGCUUGACUUGGAAAAUAGCCUCAUAGGCCUAAUUAAGACCACGGGCUGGAGGUUGCUGCCCACUGCAGUAUAGCGAUGUAGCUGGAAAACAUGAGACCUCUGUCCAAUAAGUCCUUUUAUCUUCUGACCUACACUAGCCAAGGGCUGUAUUACCUUACUGGUAUGGUCAGAUUCCACACUGAACAGCUGAUUCUCUUUCAUUUUUAUUCCUCUUCACAAUUACAUCUCUUCAUGAUACUUCACAGUUCUAUAACAGUUCGUUAUUUCUAUGUGCAUUAUAUCUUCACCCUUGCCUUGGCAAAAAAAAAUAAAAAUCAGGUAAUUCUUUUCCCUUUCAUGUAUUUAUUUUAUACAGCCACCAGUUGCAUUUCAGACCAUUAUAAGUUAAAUGUGGAUUUGCCCUAUAAGUCUAUUUUUAUACUUUAAAAAUAAAGUAAUUA